AGUAGGGCGACACUGCCGCAGCGGAGUCGUCUCUUCACCACAGUGACUCUCUACGAUCCUGCGCUCCUAUCGGUACGAUCAGCCAGUAACAGCAACAUGGAAGCUGUUCUGCGCUCUGUGCGAUUUCCCUUGUUCACGGUGGACGCGUUUACAAAGGCUCCAUUUUCUGGCAACCCGGCGGCCGUAGUGUUUCUACAGGAAGACGGCGCAAUCGACGACCGUCGUAAGCAGUCGAUUGCUGCGGAGAUGAAACACUCCGAGACUGCCUUUGUGUCCAAGCAGAACCCCCUGGAUGAGUUUGGCAAAUCCUCUUGCUUCAACCUGCGCUGGUUCACACCCCAGAACGAAGUGCCACUGUGCGGCCACGCGACACUGGCGACGGCAGCCGCCAUCUUUGCCGAGUGGGGAAAUGCGUCUCGAGAACUCCAAUUCCACACCAAGAGCGGUGUGUUGAAAGCGUCAAGGGAGCCAAAUGGUGUCAUCGUCCUUGAUUUGCCAGCAAAGUCUUCGGUGGUAGUGCAACAUGAAGAUUACCGGAGUCUUCUCGACGCCGUGGUCGGUGAGACCUCGGUGGCCGAAGUGCGCUACUCAGCCGAUGCGAAGAAGCUAGUGGUGCGCCUGCAAGACUCCUGCACCAGGUCAGCCCUCGAGGCCCUGAGUCCGAGUCCUGCGCGAAUGCUGCACUCUGAGAGUGGCGACCGAGUGCUCGGCGUCGCAGUCACCAUUCGGGGCAGGAGCAACGACGACUACGACUUCAUCUCUCGCUACUUCAGCCCCUGGAACGGCAUCCCUGAGGACCCCGUCACCGGGUCUGCUCAUGCCGUGCUGGGACCCUACUGGGCUGAUGUUUUGGGAAAAGAAGAGCUGAAUGCUCACCAGGCGUCGGCCCGCGGUGGUGACCUCUACCUACGCGUCCCAGCCGGUGGACACCGGCUUCAAGUCGGAGGACACGCCGCGGUGGUUCUCAGAGGGGAGCUCCUGGUGUGAGCCAUACAGUAUAGCCGCGGCAGAAAGACGCAAAUACAGG